AUGACCACUUUGCUGCCGUCCGUGUUCCAUGCAGCGACUGAUACUCUCUCGUUGGUGAGGGCGCUCUCCCCGAUAACGAACCUUCGAUAUCUCCGAGGCAGUUACAACGGCCGGCCUCCGAAUCAUAGGCAUCGUCAAAUUGUGGUAAAUUAUGCGCUCAUCUCGCCACAUACGGCCGUUGAGCAAUCUCCAUUGGGAUGCUUGGAAAGCCUCUCACUGGUCUCGAUCCACCCGGCGGCCGUCUUCUACCUGCAGCCGAGUCUGGGCUUUGGUGCAUCGCCUAUGUCCCGUAAUCACUGGUCACAGAUCUGA